UGUCCCAAGUCAUUUAGCCUAUAAACUCUAGAUCCAUGUCUCCCUGUGCCUGCAGGGCCUGGUUGUAGAGUCGGAGUGCAGCUGGAAUAAACAAAUGAAAUGUCCAAAUCUCUUUUUUGUCUGACAGGGGAGGACACAUCUGUCGCUGAAUUAGGUCCUCAUCCCCGCCAGCUCGAUGUACAGAGGAUGGGAGGUAUUGAUUGAUAAAAAGAUAACGUGCAAAGCAGAAAACAAUCCGCCCUCUUCUCGAGGGUUAAAGGAAGUUUUCAAGCGCCAGAAACUCCAGAUUAGAGUGCAGCGUCUUCAGUUUGAAGAGUGCAGCUUCACCAGUCUUGAACGAUGGCAGAUGGAAAACUUCAGAGUGUGAGGCUGUUGUUUGUGGAAAAGGUGUCCAAAGAAAUGAUUAACCAGCUACUGGACAGUCUUCUUGAAGAUGGUGUCUUGAAUGAUGGGGAGAAAGACUCAAUAAUCGAGGAAAAUAACACAAAAAACAACAAGGCUCGCGCUCUCAUUGACGCAGUGAGGCGGAAAGGUGAUGAAUCCAGCCGGAAGAUGAUUGCUCACAUUCAAAAGAAGGACCCUACUCUUUACUCUGAGCUGGGUCUGUCCGAUGUUGAGCCUGCUCAGACAAAUGCACAGUUCCCGGUGGGAACAAAAUCCUUCUCCAUUGAAGAGUUCUGGCGCAGCAAACAGAAUGAUCCAGAUGUUUACAAAGUGACCAAAACAUCCCAGAAGAAUCGUGUAGCCUUGCUGAUCACUAAUAUUAGGUUUUCUGAUGCAAGAAUGAACAGAAAAGGAGCCGAGGUAGACCACGAGAACAUGGAGAGACAACUUUCAAGUCUGGGAUAUGAGGUGGUGACAUACACGGACCUCACCGGAGAGGGGAUGAACAAGGCCUUUAUUAGGUUUGCUAAACAUCCCAAACUAAGCGAGACAGACAGUGUGGUUGUGGUCGUCAUGUCCCAUGGAAAACUGGGAGCGGUUCUCGGUGUCAAUCAUUCUGAUAUGGAUUGUGACGAGUUUCCCAUCAACAACAUUUACACACACUUGGGCUCAGAGAACUGUCCAGCACUUCUGGACAAACCUAAGAUCAUCAUCAUCCAGGCCUGCAGAGGAGGGGAGGGAGGAUCCGUGUUCGUUAGCGAUGACGUGUCACAGCCAGUUGGUGAACAAGGCUGGGAUGAAGAUACUCUACGCUUGGUGCACAAAGAAAAAGACUUCAUUUCUCUUCUCUCCUGCACCCCUGAUACAGUGUCCUACAGGCAUACAUAUCAAGGGUCUCUCCUCAUCCAGUACUUCGAUGAUCAAUGCAACAACUCUGCAAAUAAAGAUCACAUUCAGGAGCUUUUCAGAAAAGUCAUGCGGCGCUUUGAAGAUUUCAAACUCCAGGAGAAAAGACAGAUGGCGACCAUUGACAGGAGCACCCUACUAAAGCACUUCUACUUCUUUCCAGGCCUCUAAGACAAAACAUGCUGUCAACACCAGCUUUGUUAUCACAUAUUAAACUAGACAGAUUGAUAAAAAAUAUAUUUGGUUUGUUACUGUAUGGCACUUUAGUGCUGCAUAUUUGGAUUACAUGAACUUCAUGUCUGUGUGUUGGGUCUGACUUACUUUGCUUUUUUUAAUGAUAUAUUGACAAUCAAUUAGUAUAUUAGUUUGGAUUUUACUAUUUGUCAUUGUU